AGACCAUGGCCGCUCGAGGGGCCCUCGCGCCCGCCUCGGAGGGCCCGCCAGUUGCCUGCGGAACCCAGCGAUGUCCCUGGGGAGGGCCCCCGGCGGCCUGCUGCUCGCCGCCCUCGCCCUGAGGCGGGGGCUCGCAGACCGCGCCUGGGUCGGCGUCGAGGACGACCCGUCGCAGGUGGCGGCCCCUGGCUUCCGCGUCUUCGCGUCGACGUUCAACGCGGGCAACAAGGCCUUCAAGGAGAGGGGCCGCACGCGGAAGAGGUUCGAUGACUUGCUCUCGAAGAUGGGGCCUGCGGAUUACGGAGGGCCAUGGCGAUUCCGACCUCGUCAUCUUGGGUUUCCAGGAGUUCCUUGACAAGGACUACGGCUUCGCGCAGCUCGCCAAGAAGGCGCUGUGGAAAGACCUGUCGGAGAAUAGGCAGGGCGCGGUGAACGACGAGCUGCUAGGACUCGCGGCGGCCCCCGUCGAGGUCAUCGGCAGCAGGGACGACGUCGAAGAGCACCUCGAGGGCGCAGACGGCCGGAUCGCCGGGGCCGUCGCGGGCUUCGACGCCUCCGAGGUGGCCUCGGCGCUGCGGCCCGUGCGGGACUGGACAGACCGCACGCAGCGGAAGGUCGCGGAGGUGCUUCAGCGCUUCCCGAACCUGCGGUGGACGGACGCGGGAAUCCGGAAGUCGGCCGCCUUUACGGACGGCCUGCGCCACGUGGAGCGCGCCCAGAAGAAGAUCGAGGCCAAGAUCGACAUCAUGCGCCGGCUCCUGACCGCCGACGGCCGAGGGGUCGCAGCCAGCAGGGGGUCGCCGCGCCUCUGGGGGAAGGUAGACGACACGCUGGCAGAGCUGCAGAAGGACCUGGACCUGUCGGGGGACCGCGAGAAGGGCGGCUGGAGUCCCAGCGUCGGCGACGAAGCGAGGGGCCUGCUGCGGAGACCAGCCCUGCGGGUCCGGCCGGAUGACGUGGACACCCCUUUCCAUCCCGUUGUCUUCAGCUCGGGCUACCGGUGCACGGCGGGGUCUCACUACAACACUGUCAUGUACGCGUUCGUGAACCCCUGGUCCAAUUGGAGCGUUGCCGCGGAGCCAUGGUUCAGUGACACGUGCAUUGCUGACAGCAGCAGGGGGAACGAGCGUAGGGUGCAGCAUCGACAACAACAACGGCAUGGAGUGCGGCAAGGUCGUCAAUCUGUUCAGAUUCAGGGUCUCGCGCGGAGACGUAAGCUUCCUUUAUUGCGCCCUCAACACUCACAUGAGCUUUGCGGGCGAGGCUGCCAGCAGGAUGCGCUAUCUGGAGGCUGCCGCGGCCGAGGCAAAGAAAGCCCAGUGCGAUUCCCUCGUGUUCGUCGGAGACUUCAACUCGCGGCUGCACUGCGAGGAGGGCGAGGACACCUCGCCGGUCGAGGAGCCCGUGCCGGCGUACGCGGACGAGGGCAACUCGCCGAGCUCCCUGGACCACGUGCUGGACCUGUUCAACCCUGGCGACGGGGCCUACAAGCUGGGCGGGUCACCGCACGAGGACGUGGACGAGCUGGCGCACAUGCUUGCCCACGACGAGGUGCGAUGCCUGGAGAGCGCACGACGGAGGAGCCCGACAACUGGCUCUUCAACGGGAAGAGGGUGUGGGAGCGGCAGGCCGUGCAGAGCCGGGUCCGCCAGUCGGGCCUGUUCGAGGCCCCCGUGGGCUUUGCCCCGACGUACAAGGUGGGACCCAGGAGCAAGGCGGAGAAGUCCGAGUUCUACCGUUGCGGCGCGGGCGAGGGCCUCUGCUACCACAACCCGAGCGGGAAGGGCAAGCACAACCCGGCCUGGACGGACCGCAUGCUCCUCCAGGCCGACUCCAGCAAGGCAGAGGUGGAGGUCCUGGAGUACUCGCGCCGGGUCGUCUCGGAGGAGUUCGGGUCCGACCACGUCCCCGUCGUGGGGCGGCUCCACGUCCGCCCCGUGGCCUGGGCGUUGGGGGCGAAAGGUAGGCCCCUCGUCGCCGUGGCUGGAGACAAUGUUUUUAUCUCUGUUUAAUGUCGGGCUUGUCCCUCUACAUUUGUAACUAUUUUGGAGGAUGUUUGGCCUAUCUUUAAUCUUCCGUCCAAAAUCCGCCUGUAGGGGGACAUGCCCGACCGAAGCAUGAGUCCCCGACGCGCAGUAGCCGCAUCGAUGUCUGUGUGUUCCCUCCCAGGCUGCCAAGCUGGAACGCCUGGAUCACUGGCUCGGCGACGCGUGAGCCGCCCUGGCGACGCCCCAAUGUCACAAAGAGGAGCGUGCGCGCGCGACGCUGGUCUGCCUCUUGCCGCUCCUGCUCUGGUUGCUGCUGCUGCUGCUGCUGCUGCUUGCCGCUCCUGCCUCUGCUCUUCUCUCCUCUCCUCCUCUCCUCCCC